GACUCUUUCAAAGUUUGGCAACUUAUUCUCUCUCUCUCUCUCUCCCUAUCUCAAGGCUGCCUCCUCUUUCGCAUGAUCGCAUCUUCUUCCCCAAUUUCCAAUCCCCAAAACCCUAGCCGCUGAAACCUACAUUGCUGGAUCCAUGGACGUGAAUCCAAAUCAUCAUCACUCCUGUGGAAGCUCGUCGUCAAAAUCGAACCAAUCUAAGAGGCAGCACAAUGAUGGAGGUUCCAAUGAUCUUAUGGACAAAAGGUGUAUACCAUUUAAACAAUUUGAUGUUGUCACUGACUUCUCCGAUCAUCAUUUUUCCAUGAAUUACAAAGAAGUUCCAAAGCCAUCAAACACUGCAAUGAAGAAAAUUCAGCAAGACUGGCAAAUACUGGAGAAAGACUUGCCAGAGGCAAUCUUUGUUAGAGUUUAUGAAGAAAGAAUGGAUCUCCUAAGAGCAGUUAUAAUAGGUCCAGCAGGAACUCCUUAUCAUGAUGGCCUCUUUUUCUUCGACUUCCAGUUUACAGCCAACUAUCCCAAUGAACCUCCAAAAGCAUACUAUCGCUCUGGUGGACUUCGGCUCAAUCCCAACCUGUACGCCGAUGGGACGGUCUGUCUCAGCCUACUGAACACGUGGUAUGGUAAAGGAUGCGAGAAGUGGGAUCCGAAAAGAUCGACCAUGCUUCAGAUUCUCGUCUCCAUCCAAGGUUUAGUUCUCAAUGCGAAACCUUAUUACAACGAGCCAAUAUCAUGGCCUAGCGUCACUCCUUGGGGAAAGAAGGGUGCCUUUGCUUACAACGAAUCUGCUUUCCUCCUCUCCUGCAGAACAAUGAUAUAUUCCCUUCGAAAGCCUCCAUUGCAUUUCAAAGAAUUUGUUGCUGAUCAUUUCCAAAGGCAUGGGCUCAGCAUCCUCAUGGAAUGCAGAGCCUACUCCCAUGGUAUUCAAGUUGGUUGUGCUGUUGAUGAGAGCGAUCAGGCAGUAAGCAAGAAGAUGAAGGGUAGCUCAGAAGAUUUUAAGGUCAAUGUUAAAAAACUCAUCGAUGAACUUUUGAAGGAGUUUACUGCCAAAGGAGUUGAUUGCAGGCAAUUUCAAAUGCUGAAAGCUGAAGUUGGAGAAACUUCUGCUAGUGUAAGUGCAACACGCAAAAAUGAAACUGAAGCUGACAGCAAAAAGAAGGCUAAACCUGGAGAAACUUCAACCAGUGGCAAAGAAGCGAGGAGUACUAUAAAUUUGGAGAAACUUAAACCCGUGGCAACACAACAUAUGAAAAAAGCUGCAGGAGCUGAUGUUAAAGGGAAGGCCAAAGCUGGGGACCCUAAAGAAGCAAAUGGCAAAGUGAAGCGUUUCUGUCAAUAUUUGCUCAAGCUGGGGAAGAAAGUUUUGCCUCUCGAAAACUAGUUGAUUUCUAAGUUGAUAAUAGGAUUAAGUCUGUUUAGUAUUAGAUUUGUGGGUUUAAUAUAGAAGUUGCUUACGUUGGGAUUUA